AUGACAUUAAGGAAAGUGAACAUUUCCAUCCUUGUAGUGGCUGUUGUCAUAUUUUUACUAGUUCUUCAUCAUAACUUCCUAGGCCUCAGUGACUUCUUGAAACGGGAAUUGUCAGAUGCAAAUCCAUUAGGACUUCAGCCUAUAGAUUUCAUACCUGCGGUUCCCCAGAGGCUGGCAGAUGAACGGAAUGAUAAGGAGAUUUCCGUGGUCAUUGCAGCAUCGGAUGAGAGGCUUGGGGGUGCAAUUGCAGCCAUGAACAGUAUUUACAGUAACACCAGGUCCAAUGUGGUUUUCCAUAUUGUCACUUUGAAUGAUACUGUGGAUCACUUGAGGCUGUGGCUGAGUAAAACUGCUCUGAAAAAUUUGAGAUACCGAAUUUUGGAUUUUGACCCUCAUGUCUUAGAAGGGAAAGUACAAGUGGAUCCUCAAAAGGCAGACUCCCUAAAACCAUUAACCUUUGCAAGAUUCUACUUGCCCAGUUUGGUACCUCAUGCAGAGAAGAUCAUCUAUGUGGAUGAUGAUGUAAUAGUGCAAGAUGAUAUUCUUGAACUUUACAACACUCCAUUGAAACCUGGACAUGCUGCUGCAUUUUCAGAUGACUGUGACUCAACCACUAAUAAAGUUGCUGUCCGUGGAGCAGGGAACCAGUAUAAUUACAUUGGGUUUCUAGAUUACAAAAAAGAAACCAUCCGAAAGCUUGGCAUGAAAGCCAACACCUGCUCUUUCAAUCCAGGAGUUUUUGUUGCCAAUUUGACAGAAUGGAAAUUACAGAACAUCACUAAGCAGCUGGAGAAGUGGAUGGCACUUAAUGUAGCAGAGGAACUUUACAGUCGGACUCUGGCUGGCAGCAUCACGACACCUCCACUGCUAAUUGUAUUUUACAAGCAACAUUCCAGUAUCGAUCCCAUGUGGAACGUCCGGCAUCUCGGGUCUAGUGCUGGAAAAAGGUACUCUCCUCAGUUUGUGAAAGCUGCCAAGCUUCUCCAUUGGAACGGACAUUUCAAACCGUGGGGAAGAACAGCCUCGUACGCUGAAGUCUGGGAGAAGUGGUAUGUCCCUGACCCUACAGGCAAGUUCAACCUGAUCCGCAGACACUCGGAAGCCUAUGAAGCAAAGUAGAGUCAAUUCUAAUAACUGAUGGCAUUUUCUCAGGAAACUUAUGGAGCCAAGCAGAAUUUUUUUUUAAACCAACUUGCAUUACAGAGCAGUCCUUGCCUUCUGGAGCACCAGGUGAUGCAUUUACUCAGGUGCAGCUCUGAAAUGCGCAGGUCCCAAGGAGACUCACUUCACUUGUGUGACAGAAGGUGCUACUCCAGCAG